AUGACCAAUAAUGCUCUCAUUCCCUUUCUGGUCACGAUGAUGCUCGUGACCGGGGUGUGCAACACCAUUCUCAACAAGUACCAGGCAAGUCCCGAAGAUAUGCAAUGUGUACGGAACUGUGAUUCCCCCGAACCCAGUUACCGCAAGCUGUUCGAGCAGCCAGUCAUCCAAACCGCCCAGAUGUUCAUUGGAGAAAUGGGUUGCUGGCUCGUUGUAGGCUUGUCCUUCCUCUACCGACGCUAUGUCGCACCCCGCCUAUCCAGUAACCCCUCUCCACUUCUGGCAGGCGGAUACCACCCAGUAAACGGCGAAGACGAGCACCUCGACAACGAUGAUGAUCACACAAUCGAUGACAGCAGACACCCUAAGCCCUUCGCCGAGAACGACGAGCGCAUCCCCCUGCGUGGUUGGAGAAUCUUCCUCCUGGCCGCGCCGUCCAGCUGCGAUAUCGCAGGCACAACCCUAAUGAACGUAGGCCUCCUCUUCGUGGCAGCAAGUAUCUACCAAAUGACCCGCGGUGCACUUGUCCUCUUCGUCGGCCUGUUCAGCGUUAUCUUCCUCCGUCGCAAGCUAUACCUCUACCAGUGGAGCGCUCUGUUCGUCGUCGUUCUCGGCGUGGCGGUUGUCGGCCUUUCAGGGGCUUUGUUCAGCGGCGAUUCUGCCCAUGAUAUCACGCAGGGUGAUGGAGUCGUCGGUGCUGCUUCCCUUGCUAUGAUCAAGGCUCGUGCUGUUGCUGGGACACCUGAGGCUGUGAAGGUCGUUAUUGGAGUCCUGCUCAUUGCCGCUGCGCAGAUCUUCACUGCUUCACAAUUCGUUCUUGAGGAAUGGAUUCUCGAGAACUAUGCCAUGGAUCCUAUUGAGGUUGUUGGCUGGGAAGGUAUCUUUGGCUUCUUGGUUACGCUUAUCGGUAUGAUCGUGAUGUACUUUGCCGUUGGACGGACCGAGGCUGGUCGUUACGGAUACUUCGAUAUGAAGGAAGGAUGGCGUCAAAUAACUAGCAACCGUGCCAUUGCUCUUUCCAGUUUGGCGAUCAUGGUCAGCAUUGGUGGCUUCAACUUCUUCGGUCUUUCAGUUACUCGGAAUGUCUCCGCCACCUCCCGCAGCACAAUUGACACCUGCCGUACCCUCUUCAUUUGGCUCGUCUCGCUUGGCCUGGGCUGGGAGUCAUUCAAGUGGCUCCAAGUUGCUGGCUUCGCCCUCCUUGUUUACGGAACAUUCUUGUUCAAUGAUAUCGUCCGGCCCCCUCUCAAGGCCUGCCUUCCUCUUGACCGUAGAGAGGGCGAGGUCCUUCUCCCCGAGGACCCUAUUGAGCAUAUCUAA